CCAAUAUUGUUUGACGUUAGUAUUUAAGGUUGGGAUGGUGUUUACAAACAAAAAUAUACAUUAUUUAUUCUUAAUUUAAAAUAAAUAUUAUUUUUACUUACAAGUCAAGAAAGUUAUUGCAACCGUGGAUACAAAUUAUACUAAAUCCGAUUCAGUCAUGAGCUUGCCUACCGACUUCGGUCCAGAUUCCGGCGGCAGAGUAAAGGGCCUAGUCAUAGUAAAGGCGAUAGUCUACGGCAAUAUAGCAAGAUAUUUCGGCAAGAAACGAGAGGAGGAUGGGCACACCCAUCAGUGGACGGUGUAUGUGAAACCUUAUGCUAACGAGGAUAUGUCGGCAUAUAUAAAAAAGGUUCAUUUUAAACUGCACGAAAGUUACGCAAAUCCAAAUAGAAUAGUGACGAAGCCACCUUACGAACUCACUGAAACUGGCUGGGGUGAAUUUGAGAUAGUAAUAAAGAUUUACUUUCAUGAUUCAAAUGAGAGACCUGUAACCCUCUAUCACAUACUGAAGUUAUUCCAGUCUCCGGUGUCUGAAACAGCACCAACUGUUGGCAGAUCUCUCGUUAGUGAAUCAUAUGAGGAGAUUGUUUUCCAGGAGCCAACGCAACUCAUGCAGCACCUACUCAACAAUAUAAAACCGAUCACUAAUGGACAAUGGACACAUGAUACCGACUUUGAAGAGAAAAAGGAAAAGACUUUAGAAAAGAUAAUAUCAGCGCAAGGAAAGGUUAGGGGCGAAAUAUCAGAGCUCAAAGAUAAACUACAGCUCGCUAAGGAAACUAUAUCAAAAUUCAAGGAAGAGAUUGCAAAACUUCAGAACAAUCCUGCCGCUAGCAUUUUGUCUGGGGUCUGAUACAAAGAAUGAAAACUAUUUAUAAAUCAA